CAUUUAGAUUUUCGUGAAAGUCAUUCUCGGUUGAGGUUAAUAAUAGUUCUUGUUAAAAAUUAUUAGAAAAGUAAUUUAAAGUGGUACUGCAGUGGUAAUUUGUGCACAAUGAAUACGGAUCAAAUUCUUAAGUACGACAUCAAACAAUGUUUAAAUUUAAUAGUGAUGGGUAAAGGGACAGAGGUUACUGAAGGAUGGAGCAGGCUUAAAAAAUUAGAAAGUGAGCCUGUAUACGGGCAAUUAAAUAACUAUGAAGCUAUCUUACGAGAAAUACUUAACGACGAGAUAAGGAAUGUGCAAGAAAUUCCAAAAAUUAUGAUUUGGUUCUCUCAAUAUUUAACGGAGAAACCAUUUACUAUUAAUCCAAUUUCGAAUGAUAUUGCAACAAUGUUAAAGAAUACAGAAAUAAGUGAUAUGUCUCACUUAACAAUGAUACUCCAAGUAUUAUUAGAGCAUAGUGUCUACUUGCCAGAGUCAGUGAAUCAUUCAAAACUUUGUGAAGCAAUUGUUAUUAACUUGUCUACUUUUUUAAUGCCAUAUGAUCCAAAAAAGAUUUUAGAGUUUAACGACAAUGCUGCUAAAGUUCAAAAUUUUUUAAAAAUAGUACAAACAAAGUCUAAGAAUAUUGAAAAUGACAAUUUAAUUUUCAUAUGUCUCCAAACACUAUAUAGAAUAAUAUCUGAUACUAAACAAAAUCAAGAUCCUGGGCCUGGUUUGGCUGCUGUAUUGCAAGUGGUAGAACCUUCUAUUAUACCACAAGCUGUUAACUGGAUUCUUUCUGAAUCACAUUCUGAUGCCCAAUUAGCUCAAGCUUUGAAAGUUCUAUGUAGUUGGCUUCAAAAAUGGAGAGGUGAUCGGCUUAGCAUUUGGAUUAAGGAGUUUAUACUUGGUUUAGAAAAAAGAUAUAAGUAUUUAAUUCUUAUUGAGGUUACAAAAGCAAAGCUUGAUGUAAUGUUUCGUGCUUUGUCAAUACCUGUAAUUCGUCAAAAUGUUUCUGAAAUUAUAUUUUAUAUCUUAAAAAGACAAGGAUCUCCAUCCUUGUUUCCAAAUAUAGUACGAAACACACAAAUGGUGUUACUAUAUUUAACAAAAGAAGAUUCUAAAUCAAGCAAGGAAUGCAUACAAAAUUUGGCCGAUAUCAUGAAAAUACUUAUGUUAAGAUUUCCAAGCCAAUGUGUCUGUAAUAAUUUGGAAAGUUGUUUCCCAGUACAACCACGAAUGCAUAUUGUUAAAGAAAUAUGGAAUGAACAUGUUUGGGUAGAUGAAAUGGAAGAAAUUGAACCAGUAAUUGAAUCACCAAAAACACACUUGGGAAAAGUUGGACUUUCAAAUCUUGGAAAUACAUGUUAUAUGAAUAGUGUGUUACAAGCACUGUUAAUGACUAGACAAUUUUGUUAUGAAGUAUUAAUGUAUAAACCUUCAAGCAAAGCUGAUGACCAAGCUGUACUUAAAAAGUUGCAGAAUCUCUUUACUUUAUUAUUAUAUUCAAAGAGGAUUUCCUUGGCACCAACUGAAAUUCUAUUAGCUUCACGUCCUGCUUAUUUUCUACCGGGUCAACAACAAGACAGUUCUGAAUUUCUCUGUCAUCUUUUAGACCUUUUACAUGAGCAAGAAAAAUCAGCUACUAUAAAUAGUGAGGCUAAUAACUCCAAUCUCAAGUACAAGGAUGAUAGAGAGAUAAAUGAUAUUUCAUCAAUAAGUGAAGAAGGAGCUAGUAUCAAACGCUGGACAACUGAAGAAGAUUUAAGUGGCAGUAUUGUGUUGGAAAGAAAAACUCAAUCAUUAGCAGAUUUUACUCAAGGAGAAGACUUGGCACAAGUACAGCAACUUAGUGAUUCACAUUCAGAUUCCACAGAUAGUGGAAUACAGUCUGUAGGUGGAGAAGACACAAGUACACAAGUACCACUUGUACAUAGAGUACUAGGAGGAAAAUGUAAAAUUACUUAUCAGUGUGCUCAAUGUGAUACUAGUUCUCAUAAUACGGAUAAAUUUCGUGAUUUGCAACUGUGCUUCCCUGAAGAAAUACAAGAGAACCAGGAAGUUUCUGUGCAAGAUCUUAUUAACUACUAUCUUACACCAGAAAAAUUGACUGGUGAAAAUAAAUAUAGAUGCGAUAAAUGUAUGAAGCUAUGUGAUGCACAAAGAAUCAUAAAAAUUUUGCAUGCACCAACAUAUUUAAUUCUAAUAUUAAAACAUUUUCGUUACGAUUUCGAUACCAGACUAAGAACGAAAUUACGACAUAAAGUGAUGUAUAACGAGUCUAUACAAUUACCAGUAUCAACACCAUUGUGCACAACCACGGAAAGUUAUCAAUUAUAUGCUGCUGUUGUUCAUUCAGGUUAUAGCAUGGAUUAUGGCCAUUAUUUCACAUACGCUCGCGACUCGAAACAAAAUUGGUCCAAAUUCAACGAUAGUUAUGUUUCUCAAACGACUUUUAAUGAUUUUAAAGACUUAAAACCACCAGAUACACCUUAUAUAUUGUUUUAUGAAAAAAAUGUGCGGUUUGAAGGACUUUAUGAUGAAGAGAAACCUGAAUUGUCGACGUUAAGUAAACAUUUACAAGAACUGGUGGAAAAUGAUAUUACAGCCUAUAUUGAGGAAUUGAGGCAUCAAGCUGAAAAAUCUCAACGCGGACGAUAUAAUUCAAUAUUAUUACGAAAGAAUGAGAAUUCCGAUGAUGAAAAUCCUCCACCUAGUAGCUGUCGGGGUGCAGUUAACAUGCCUGCGAGCCGUUUUCUCUAUUAA